AUGGCAAACGCAAGUGUAGUUCUUGCUAAAGAAGAAGAAGAACAACACAAUCUCACUCUUUAUGGAUAUUGGAGAAGUUCAUGUUCCUUCCGUGCCCGAAUCGCUCUCAACCUCAAAGGUCUUAAAUAUGAUUACAAAUCAAUUAAUCUCUUGAAAGGAGAACAAACUCAUCCUGAGUUUCUUCAGCUUAACCCUGUUGGUUUUGUUCCUGUUCUCGUCGAUGGCGAUUCCGUCAUUUUCGACUCUUUCGCCAUUAUUAUGUAUUUGGAGGAUAAAUAUCCUCAACAUCCUUUGCUUCCUACUGAUAUUCACAAAAGAGCAAUCAAUUUCCAGGCUGUUAGUAUUGUUUCUUCAUCAAUUCAACCUCUUCAUAACUUAAACCUUCUGGUAAAGUACAUCGAGAUAAAUGUUGGCCCGGAUGAAAAACUUCCAUGGGUCCAGAGUGUAAUUAGAAAAGGCUUCACAGCACUUGAAAAGCUAUUGAAAGAACACACUGGGAGAUAUGCUACUGGAGACGAAGUUUGCAUGGCGGAUAUAUUUUUAGCACCUCAGAUACAUGCUGCAACUAAUAAAUUCAACAUUGACAUGAAUGAGUUUCCUAUUCUCUCAAGAUUACAUGAGACAUACUAUGAUAUCCCAGCAUUUCGGGAGGCUUCGCCAGAGAAUCAGCCAGAUGCUGUAGGCUAG